AUUAUUCGUGUGAAGACUGCACACAUUUCUCUUUUGUUGUGAAUUGCACUUUGUCCGUGUCACCUGCGUUUGAUAGAAGAGUUUACUGUAUCGUACGCUAGAUACAUUUGUAACUCUGAAAAUACAGCCAGGCAAGGCUGUGCCUGACAGCCUUACUAUGAGGUGGCAACAUAAACGGAAUCAGAAAUAAAAACGAUACUGCAAGACGCGUUUGUGAAGAUUAGUUAUUUCCACUGGGUAAAUCUUGUGACGUGUGACCUUUUCGACCCGAUCGUUUGAGCCUGAGUUAUGUUGAUUGGACUACCUUUAAACUUGUUUAUGUGUGUAUUUCUCACGUAAAAGGAGUUCCAAAUUGGCCUGUUAAGCAGACUAGAAGUACCAAUAAUAAUCUAAAGGGGAGCAUACCCACGUCAUGCUGAUGUUUCACUGUGUUAUGUCAGUGUCAAAGCUUGGAAUAAGGCAGUAUGCAUCAACUAUAAUGUAGACGGUUUACAUGACUUUUGUGCUGAGCAAUUGGGUGAACUGUGAAGCAUAAAUAAGUUGUGUCGUCGUCGUCGUCGUCGUCGUCCCGGUUGUUGCAGUGCUACAUAAUGAAGGUUGUCCGUGCUAUCUCAUCAUUCCCCAGCGCCUGAAUUACUUCAAUCUCCUUUCACACUGAAGAAAUAAAGGGACAUCUAAUACAAUGAAUCUGCACCAAGUACUUACAGGAGCUGUCAAUCCAGGAGAUAACUGUUUUGCAGUGGGAAACAUUAAUGACCAGCCUUUUACGGCUUACGCAUCAGGAUGUGACAUUGUGAUUUUAGGUAGCAACUUUGAAAGGCUACAGAUCAUCCCUGGGGCUAAACAUGGAAACAUUCUGGUUGGCUGUGUAGACUGUUCCAUGCAGCAGGGCAAGAUUGCAGCAUCAUAUGGGAACGUGGUUUGCAUCUUUGAGCCUGUGCAACUCUUAAAUCAGAAGAAUACAGAUUCAUCAAAAUUAAACUGUCAAUGGCAGAGGAGUGGUCAAUUUGUAUUGGAGUCUAUAGUGCAUAAUCUAGCAUGGGACCCAACAGGAACACAUCUCCUGACAGGGUCCAGUAGUUUACAGCUCUGGUCCAAUGUUGGCUUAGGAUCAUGUAUCGAAGAAGACGAAAAACAGGAAAUGACCAUCAACAAUGGCCUUGGCGACUGGAAAUGCAUCUGGCUUUCCAAAACUGCAUCUUCAGUCCAUUUAAUGAAAUUUUCUCCAGAUGGUGAUUAUUUUGCUACAGCUGGAAAGGAUGACUGCCUGGUGAAGGUGUGGUACCAUACCAGCAGCUGGCAGUCUGGAGUGACAUCACUUAAUAGCCCUCCAGAGAAGGCAGCACAGGGAGAAGUGAACUACUCCUUUGUGUACCUGGCCCAUCCACGCACAGUUACAGGGUUUUCAUGGAGGAAAACAAGUAAAUAUAUGCCACGGGGCUCUGUAUGCAAUGUCCUAGUCACCUGCUGCAAAGAUAGUGUCUGUAGGCUUUGGGCAGAGACAUUGUUGCCCAGUGACAGCUUAUUGUCUGGACAUGGCCACAACCAAAGUAAUGACCCCGUUACAUCAAGAAGUGGUCUGAAAAGGCAUGCCCCCGACAAACAGCGUGUACAUAAUGCUUUGGAGCUCAACCUUAAGCAGUUCAGGAGAGGGAGGAGAUCUCCUGCCAUGGCUGCUCACACAGGCUAUCUGCCUCACCAACAGGACACCCAUGAGGCCCAUAGGAAGAACUCAAGCGUACAUGCAAACGCACUUUGUCACUUUCACAUAGCUGCUAGCAUCAACCCUGCAACAGACAUUCCGCUACUUCCUUCCAUAACAUCCAUGAGCCUUGACGAUGAUGAUGAUGAUGAUGAAGACCAGAAUGGGCCCUUUGUAGUGCACUGGCUGAAUAACAAAGAGUUACACUUCACCUUGUCCAUGGAAGUGUUCUUACAGCAGCUACAAAAGAGUCUUGAGCAGCAGCCUCCUGAGACCAGUGGAGAGGAGACCUGUCAGCCAGAUGAAGCAAUCUACAACAAGGAUGAAAAGAAAGGAUCUUCAGAGAAGAGCAACUAUUCGAAUGCUGGCGCCUUGCCUUUACCUGCUGCCGCUAUUGAUCACGAGAUUGAAAUACUGGUUGCGGAAUGGAACAAGAAUGCAGACAUGAUGUUCAGUAUUCAUCCCAUGGAUGGUUCUUUAUUAGUAUGGCAUGUCGACUGGCUUGAUGAGUACCAGCCUGGCAUGUUUCGCCAAGUUCAGGUCUCAUUCGUCUCUAGAAUCCCAGUAGCAUUUCCAACUGGUGAUGCCAAUUCCUUAAGCAGAAGCAUAGUAAUGUACGCCUGCACCAAGAACGUGGACCUUGCUAUUCAGCAGGGCAAACAGAAGCCCCCUGGCAUGAUCCGCUCCUCUUCAAUGUUGAUAUCUUCUGGCAACAAUAAAUCUUCCAGCAGUCUAAAACUCAGUAUCUUCACUCCCAACGUCCUCAUGAUCUCAAAGCAUGCAGAUGGAUCUCUGAACCAGUGGGCUGUCAGCUUUGCAGAGGAGUCUGCCUUUUCUACAGUUCUGAGUGUUUCUCACAAGUCUAGAUACUGUGGUCAUCGUUUUCACCUCAAUGAUUUGGCCUGCCACUCGGUGUUACCUUUGCUGCUAACAACAUCUCAUCACAAUGCACUCAGGACCCCAGAGGUGGACAGUAUGAAUGAUAACAGGAGUCUUGACAAUACGAUGCCCCGUGACCCACUUUCAAAGAGGCUUAGCAAAGUAUCUGUAGAUGCAACAUUCCAGGACCCUCAUGCGAUAUACAGUGAGCUGAUCCUUUGGAGAGUGGAUCCAGUUGGACCACUGUCAUUCUCAGGAGGAGUUUCAGAGCUAGCCAGGAUAAACUCACUGCACGUUUCUGCCUUCUCCAAUGUGGCCUGGCUCCCUACAUUGAUCCCUAGCAAUUGUUUAGGGGCUUAUGGUAACUCCCCAUCUGCCUGUUUUGUUGCAAGUGAUGGCCAUUCACUGAGGUUAUACCAGGCUGUCAUUGAGGCCAAAAAGCUCUUAAGUGAGCUCUCUAACCCAGACAUUUCAAAAUACGUUGGUGAGGUUUUUAACAUCGUAAGUCAACAAUCAACUGCAAGGCCAGGAUGCAUAAUAGAACUAGAUGCCAUCACCGAUCUUCACGGGAGAGAAACGCAGCUCCUCCAUGUCUUUGAAGAAGACUUUAUCUUGGGUAAAAAGAUGAAAGGAGAUGGGAUUCAAGAAACUGAGGAAAGCACGUCAUCUGAAACUGGUUCCCAGAAGGGAUUCUCUCAAAAGUUCUACUUGGUUGUUAUUGAAUACACUCAGAGUGGACACUCUUUACUACACAUGUGGCACCUGCACCUGAAGUCAGUGCAGAUCACUGCAGAUGACCAGCAUGACAAAGCUGAGCCUGAAUCUCUCCUGACCCCACAAGAUGGCCAGAAUAGCUUUUCUCCCGAAAAGUCCUCCUCUCCCCUCUCUCAAAAGUACAAGGCCUGCAGGACUAACUUACAUAGUGCCAGCAGGCUAACUCUCAUCUCAGAAAGAGUUUACAGCCAACAAAUGAAGCUGCCAGAUGGAGUGGAAAUUAUUCGAGCUACACCUUCAGCAGGACACCUCAGUUCCUGUUCCAUACAUCCAACAGGCCUUGCUCCCUAUCUUUUGGCCACUUCUUGUUCUGAUGGAAAAGUUCGUUUCUGGAGGUGCAGGGUUGACCCUGAGUCCUUAUUGUCCAAAGCAGAGGACAGUGGACAGUGCAGCUAUACGUACAUUUGGGAAGAGUGGCCACUGUUGAUUGAGGAUGGUUUUCUAAGCAAUAGUACAGUAACUGUGAUGGGAAGACCAAUUGAGGUCAGCUGUUGCAACACAAGCCGCAUAGCAGUGGCAUACAAACAGACGUCCUCUCAAUACUGCGGCAAAGACUUUACAAUGCACGUGGGUAUUUUUGAAUGUGAAUCUACUGGUGGGUCACAGUGGAUCCUUGAACAGACACUUAGCCUUGAUGAACCAAACACAAUGUUGGACCCCAGAAUAAGCAUUGAUCGUAAUUUAACAGUUUAUAACAAACAAGAUGUGUAUUUGUCAAGUGACAUCCAUGUGAUGUCCAGUGCCAAGCAUCUGAUUAACUUAGACUGGGUUUCAAGAGAAGAUGGAUCACACAUCUUAACAGUGGGAAUUGGCUCCAAACUCCUGAUGUAUGGACAGCGCUCUGGAAAAAUGCCAGAGAAAGGCAGUAAAGAAGGGCCUGCAGCUUCAGCUUUGCCUGUGUGGGAGGGAGCAAAAGACCAUUCUUACUCCAGAUUUGUACUUCUUCGGUCUGUAGAUCUUGUUGCCUCAUUUGAGGGAUCUCUUCCCUUGCCUGUUUCUCUUUCAUGGGUGCGAGACGGUAUCCUUGUGGUUGGUAUGGACUGUGAAAUGCACGUUUAUUCUCAGUGGCAACCACCUGCCAAAUCGGAACUAACAACUGCAGAAAUUGACUGUGGUAGCACCACGUCAUUAAUAACUUCAGUAAGACAAGGUCAUACCAAUGGAGUAAACCAAAAGCCUGCCAAGAAGACUCUGACGAGAUCAAUGACAAGCCUUGCUCAAAAGCUAAGUGGAAAGAAGACCAUGUACGAUCUUCCUGUUGAGAUGGAAGACAAUGGCCUUUUUGAAGCAGCCCAUGACCUAUUCCCCACCUUACCUCAGUACCACCCUGUUCAGCUGAUGGAGCUGAUGGACUUGGGCAAGGUUCGUAGGGCCAAGGCCAUCCUCUCUCACUUGGUCAAGUGCAUUGCAGGGGAAGUAGUGGCUCUAAAGGACAACAGCACAAAUCAUGAACGGCGCCUCCGGUCUCUGUCAAUCAGUGCCAGCGGCAGUACAGCCAGGGACCCCAAAACAUUUAGCAAAACAGAAAACUUAGAUUACACAGAGAUUGACUCUAUUCCUCCCCUCCCUCUUUAUGCACUGCUAGCAGCAGAUGAGGAUACUUCUCAUAAGGCAGUAGAUAAGUCCACCAACUCCAUCUUGAAGAAGGAAAACCGUGAAGCCCAAGGUCAUGAUUAUGAUGAUCUGUUCCAGACUCCUAGUCUGGGCACUGAUGACCUUGGACUCCUGGAUACUGAUGAUGAAGAAGAUACAAAACCAAAGGUCAUUGAUCUUUCCCAGUACAGCCCCACCUACUUUGGCCCAGAGCAUGCUCAAGUUCUCUCCAGUCAUCUCUUGCAUUCUAGUCUACCUGGACUUACCCGAAUGGAGCAGAUGUCUUUAAUGGCUUUAGCUGAUACAAUUGCAACCACUAGCACUGAUGUUGGAGAAAGCAGACACAAAAGUACAGGUGGUGAGACUCUUGAUGAAUGUGGUCUAAAGUUCAUUUUAGCCAUGCGGCUUCAUACCUUUCUUCUAACAUCUUUGCCCCCUGCCCAUCGAUCCCAGCUUCUUCACCAAGGCUUGUCUACUUGCCAUUUUUCCUGGGCCUUUCAUUCUGAGGCAGAGGAGGAGCUGCUCAACAUGCUGCCUGCAAUGCAGAAGGGAAACCCUACUUGGUCAGAGCUGAGAGCUAUGGGAGUAGGCUGGUGGGUAAGAAAUACCAACACACUGCGAAGAUGCAUAGAAAAGGUAGCAAAAGCAGCAUUCCAGAGAAAUAAUGAUCCCUUGGAUGCAGCUAUUUAUUAUCUCGCUAUGAAAAAGAAGGCUGUGGUUUGGGGUCUAUACAGGUCUCAGGGGGACUCAAAGAUGACUCCAUUUUUCAACAACAACUUCAGUGAAGACAGGUGGAGGAAGGCAGCACUAAAGAAUGCCUUUGCACUGUUGGGAAAGCAGCGCUUUGAGCACUCUGCAGCUUUCUUCCUUCUGGCUGGUUCCUUAAAAGAUGCAGUUGAGGUUUGCCUUGAGAAAAUGAAUGAUAUUCAGCUGGCUCUGGUGAUAUCAAGGUUGUAUGAGUCUGAAUUUGAGGUGUCCUCCACGUACAAGAAUGUACUGCAGAAACGGAUCUUGGGAUAUGAUUCUAAUGAGAGAAGAUUCACCCUCUCCCAGAUGCACCAGGACCCUUUUUUCCGCAGCAUGGCUUACUGGAUACUGGAGGAUUACAGCAAGGCUCUUGAUACUCUACUGGAGCAACCUGUAAGAGAGGAAGAUGAUGCAGGACCCACUGGUGUUGGUGCCAUGUCCUCCUCUUGUAACCCCAUGGUGUUCAACUUUUACAAUUACUUACGGACCCACCCUCUUUUACUACGCCGCCAUUUUGCUUCUUCAGAAAAGCCUUCCGCCAAGAUGGGGCUAACUGUUGAAAACAGCUUUGCAGAUACAAUCAACUUGGUUGAGAGGAGGUUGUUCUUUACAGCUGCACAUGCUCACUUUAAAGCAGGAUGCCCUAUGCUAGCACUAGAGGUCUUGUCUAAGAUGCCAAAGGUGGUCAAGAAAUCAAAGCCGCUGCUGAGUAAAGAAAGUUCCAGCCUCUCUGAGAGCACCAAAGAUUCUUUGCUCUCACCAGAAACAAAAGAGGAAAAAGACUCUGAUUGUGAUUGGUCUCAGACAGUGGUAAAUGGUUUUGGAUCAGUUUCUCAUUGCUUGACAAAUGGCCAGUCAGAAUCUGUUCUCAGUUUGGACUGGAGCCAGUCUUCUUUGAUUAUUCAGGAUGAAGCUUUGGAUUUAAAUUGGGACAGUGAUAAGGAACAUGAGACUGAUGACGAGGAAUCUGGCUUGUCCAUGAAAGACAUCAAAACUGAAAACAACAACAUAAUCAUCAAAGGGGAACUGGACAAUAGUUCUGCCUACACAGAUUCUUGCACAGUUGGUGAGAUUGACGUUAUAACCCCUUCAGAAGACAGUAUAGCUGCCCAGUUGAAAUUCAGUGCAUGUCUUAAGAUCCUAACUACAGAACUCCGAACGUUAUCAACUGGCUAUGAGGUUGAAGGUGGUAAGCUUAGGUACCAACUAUACCACUGGUUAGAGAGGGAGGUUGUGGCCUUGCAAAAGGCUUGUGAUUACAACCCUGAUUUGGAGUAUCUUGAAGAAGGGAUAGCUGGAAAUGUUGACGAAACUGUCACAGGACAGUCAGCAGAGGAUCUCGUUAACCAACAGAGAGCCGUACAGCAAAAGGAGUAUCUUCAAAAAAGGAGACUGUGGCUUCUUAAGAACCAGCCUCUCUUUAGGAUCUUUCUCAGCUACUGCAGUCUCCAUGGGUCUCAUGGAGGAGGGCUUGGAUCAGUCAGAAUGGAAUUAAUUCUGCUUUUACAGGAGUCCCAGCAGGAAAGCACAACACAAACUGCCCUUAGCCCUGUACCACACCAAACAUCUAUACCUCUACUAUUAGCAUGUACUGCCAGUGCAAAAACAGUUGUUGCUAAUCCUGUAGUAUACCUGACCAACCUCACUCACGACAUACUACAUACGAUAAUAGACCUGGACUCCCCACCACAUCCAGACAGUAAAAAUAACAAGGUCUAUGUAAUGCACACCUUAGCAGCAUCACUUUCUGCCUGUAUCUACCAGUGUCUUUGUAAUAGUCACAGUUACAGUGCCUCACAUGCAAACCAGUUCACAGGAAUCAUCUACCAGAGCUUUCUGCUGACACAUCAGCAUCCUGUGAGAACAAUGAGUUUGGAUGAGACCGUAACACCCAAUACAUCCCCAGCCCAAUGGCCAGGUAUUGCAGCUCUGAUACGUCUUCUAAAUUCUUCUGGAGAGGAAGACCAGCCUGGAUUAACUGUUUUGCUUUGUGAGAUUUUAACAGCAGUUUUUCUGAGUCUCUUUGUCCAUGGGCUUGCAACACAUUCCAGCAAUGAGCUCUUUCACAUUGUAGCCCAUCCACUGAACAGCAAGAUGUGGGCUGCAGUAUUUGGAGGUGGAGCCCGGAUUCCUGUAAAGGAACAGAGCCCGAAAAAGCCUACCACAGGAAGGCCCUUUUCUAUCCCUAACCCUCAUCAGGUAGUAGUGUUCUCCAUGGAAUGUGUGGGGUUUUCUAAAUCCCUUACAGCCAUCAGUACCCAUAGACCAACAAGUCCCACAGUCACUACUGUUAAUGAUGAAUUGGAGAAGCACCACAAGCGUUUCAAGCUCUUGUCAACAAAAGGGGCAAGCAGAGAAAGUCUACAGAGCUCGACCUCGCCAGUCUUGAACCAGGAAAUGCCUGUUUUCAGAGAGAAGUUCAUUCCGCCGGAACUUAGUAUCUGGGACUACUUCAUAGCAAAGCCCUUUCUUCCACCAUCAGAAAGCAGGGUGGAGUAUGACUCGGAGGAGAGCCAAGGUAGUGACGAUGAAGAUGGUGAUGAAGAUGUUUAUGUUUCAGAAACCCAGCUUCAAGAACAUUCCAAUCCCAACUCAUAUAGCUGGUCACUUAUGCGUUUGGCCAUGGUGCAAAUGGUUCUUUACAACUUGAAGACUUUCUACCCUAUAGCAGGACAUGAUCUUUCAGAGCUGCCAGUUGGCUCCCCACUUUGUCAUUCAAUUCUGAAGACACUGCAGAGGUGGGAGCAAGUGCUUCUUAAGAGGCUGGAGAUUUUUGGUGGCCCACCCUCCAAAUUCAUCUCCUCACAUACUCUUGAAGAUACAGUACCACCUGGCCCUGCCAUCCUUCGCCACAAAGCACUGUUGGAGCCCACUAACACUCCUUUCCAGUCAAAGCAACGCUCUGCACUCCCGGUGAAAAGGCUUUGGCAAUACCUGGUGAAGCAGGACGAGGUGCAGGAGACCUUCAUUCGAAACAUAUUUUCCAAGAAAAGGGGUCAAAAUGAGUUGAUAGAGGACCACAAUGAAAAUGCCAAAAAUACUAUGAUGGAGGAACCUAACAUCAAUAAGAUAGAAGCAGAUCUUGGAUAUCGUGGUGGAAAGGCAAGAAUUAUCCAUAAAGAGUCAGACAUCAUUACAGCAUUUGCUAUUAAUAAGGCUAACCGUAAUUGCAUAGCAAUAGCUUCCACUCAUGACAUUCAGGAGCUGGACGUGUCUGCAAUCCUCGCAACUCAGAUAUUAACGUGGGUCGACGAUGAGGUGGACUUGGAAAAUAAAGGCAGUGAGGAUUUCUUGAUGAUUCAUGCACAUGAUGAUCUCAGCUGUAUACAAGGUACUACCCCAUAUACACACAGCAGUCCUGGAACACCCAUUAAUAUGCCCUGGCUUGGCAGCGUGCAAACUGGCAGAGGAGCAUCUGUGGAAUAUUCAGCUAAAUUAAAUGGGAUCAGAAAGGAUUUGACAAAGAAGGAGUUGAUCAAAAGGAAUAUAAACAAUGCAAGAAGGAUGGCCUCUCAUCCAACAUUACCGUACUAUCUCACAGGUGCACAAGAUGGCAGUGUUCGGAUGUUUGAGUGGGGUCACUCUCAGCAGAUUAUUUGCUUUCGAACUCCAGGAAAUUCAAGGGUCACAAGGAUACGGUUUAAUUAUCAGGGUAACAAGUUUGGCAUUGUUGAUGCUGAUGGAUGUUUGAGCUUUUGGCAGACCAACACAAUAGGAAGCACACCAAAACCAUAUCUGACCUUGCAAUGUCAUAACAAAACAGCCAACGACUUUGUUUUUGUGGGUUCGUCCUCCUUAAUAGCAACUGCAGGACAAUCUAGUGAUAACAGAAAUGUAUGUUUGUGGGAUACUCUGGUGACACCAGCCAAUAGUCUGGUCCAUGCGUUUACCUGCCAUGAUAGUGGGGCCACAGUGCUAACCUAUGCUCCAAAGCAUCAGUUGUUAAUCUCUGGUGGAAGAAAGGGUUUCAUCUGUGUAUUUGAUCUCCAUCAGAGGCAGCAGAGGCAGACUUUUCAGGCGCAUGACUCCCCUGUUAAAGCUGUUGCUAUAGAUCCAACAGAGGAGUACUUUAUUACUGGUUCUGCAGAGGGGAGCAUGAAGGUAUGGAGCUUAUCCACCCACAGUCUGAUUCACACUUUCAUCAAUGAGCAUGCUCGGCAGUCCAUCUUUAGAAACAUAGGAACUGGGGUAAUGCAGAUAGAGGCUGGUCUUGCAAACCACAUCUUCUCUUGCGGAGCAGACGGCACAAUGAAGAUGAGGAUUCUGCCAGACCGCUUUAGCACAAUGAAUGGUAUCUGGAAAAAUGAUGUGAAAUGUGUAAUCUAAUUAUGCAUAAUGCUCUGUGUAAUAUAUUAAAGAAAAAUCUGAUCAUUGUAGUAUGCACACAUGUAAUGCGUUUUAUUAUAUACCAUACACUUGUGCCACAUAAUUAAGAAACAUUUAAAGCUAAAGUUUAGUUUGAAGUAAGGUGGUUUAUCCUUAAAACACUGAUGCCUUAAGAUGAUUGUUAAGGGUACAUACAUUUGAUUAGAAGACUAGUACAGCUCUAAAGAACAAAAAAAAAAAAAAAAAAAAAAAAAAACUUGCAAAUAAAAUGUUUUUGCUGCUGACUAAGUUUAGUGGAUGUCAAGGAAUAUGCACAUUGAUUACAUAUAUUUUUAAUUAGAAAGUGUAAAGAUAACUUGUGUAAUAUAUGUACUAUUAUAAGAUUCAAUUUUAUCUAAGUGACAGUUUUACAGUCUUACUUUUGAAGAGCGUACUGAAAUUAUUACACAUUUUAAUUUGUAUAAAAAACAGUCCACAAAAUGCAAUAAUAUAAAACAAACACAAAACAACGUUUGCUUAUUCUUUUAGUCUUCGGGUCCAGUUUCUGGAACAGUUUUGUUCAUUAUUGGCUGUGAAUAUGCUUCUUUUGACCUUGUGCUGUUUGAAUGCUUAGUCAGCUAUUUUAUAUAUGGUGUAUAUCAGCCAACAGACACAGGUGUGUAGAUAAAUAUGUUUGAAUAUUUGGGGAAAUAGAAAAAUAAACCUCCUAGAAGUAUAUAUCUCCUUAUUAGAUAGCUUAUUAGUAUGUUUGUCAUGUUUGUAGGCAGUCACAAUAUUAUCUUGAGUGGCUUUUAAAAAUAUUUCAAGAAUGUAUAUCUUUAUUGUUUUGUUGAAUUUAUUUUCUAACAUGAGACAGAAAGCCUGAAGAUUAAGUCCAAGGCCUUUAAACUGGCAGGAAAUGACAAUGAUUCUUGAGCACGUUUCUGAGCAAAGUCCAUUGAGAUGAUGUAUUAAAUCUCCACAGCACAUUUAAUAUAAACACAUAUAUACAGUAUAUAACACUGUAAAAAGUCUUUGUCUUAGAUACUUGUAUUAAUUUUAAGUAGGAAAGUGACAUUGGUUUUCUGUAUAAACAGUCAGCUUGUAAUGUAAGUUUUUGGCAAGUGCUACAAGCAGUGAUUUUGCAUUUUGUUUUGUUUAUUGAGAGUUUUGACCACAUUAAAAUUGCACAACGCCUUCAUUUUAGAUUUCUUACUACAUUACAUAUAUUUUCCUUCAUUUAUUCCAAUAAUUCAUAAUUCAGUGUUGCUAGUAUUUUUUAUGAUCAGACUGGGAUCUUCAGUUUUUAGACCUCGCUAGGGAUUUAUCUUGCUUGUGAUAGGUAUAUAGUAGAGUAGGACAUUCAUCUCAACAUACAGUAUGUCACAAUUUAGAGUUGUACUGUAUACAUAUACCUAGAAACCUCUAAUCCAAUUGUGAUGAACCAGUGUAAAAUACAAAGACAUUAACAACACAUUAAAUUACAGCAAUAGUCACUUUAUUAUACAGCAAAUGUAACAUUUUUGUCAUUUUGAUUAAUGGAAAUACUUGGUGAGGUUUGUUUUUUAUUGAAAGAGGAACUGCUUGAUUUACAAUAUUUACAAAACAAAGCUACAGAUGUUUAUUAAAUAUGUGAAUGGCUUGUUGCAAUGAAAGUAAGUUUUAUGUAAGUAAGCACAGGCUAUUGCUUUUUUUUUUAUAAAUCAUUUGAGUUAAAUACAUUUUGUAAAUUCAUCACAAGAAUGCAAAUUGUAUUUGUAUAUGUAACGGUCACAAACACUAUAAAUGAGGAAAAAGUUUGUUCGUGAAUAUUACUUUGAAACUGGACAAGCAUUUAUUAAAAUGUGUAAGAUAGGUUACAGUAUUUAAAUGUUGAAAAUGAGUCGUCUCAAAGAAUAAUUCUUGUAGUAAACUGCAUUUAAAAUAGAGAUUGAAGAAUAUGUUGCCCUUGUAAAUACAUAACUCUUGAACAGAAUAUAUUUGAUGUGAGCCUGCCUUCUGCAUUCUAAAUAAUGUGUAUAAACAUACAAUAUAGAUAAUUCAAAUGGGGGAGGGUAGUAUAAAAUAUAAAGUAACUUUGUGCUGAUAUUUACCUUAUGAAAUGAAACUAAUAAUGCUUUUUAAUCACAGGUAUGAAUUUUCAUUUUAAAAAGUGUAAUCUUGUAAAUUAUAUUGUAAGUGAUUGAUGUUCAAAAAUCAAGAUUUAAAUAAAAAAAAAAAAAAUACAAAAGUUAUUUUACAAGUAUACAUGUUAUGUUGUAGUGUUGCGGUGUUUUGUUCUUUUUUUGUUGCAUGCAGCCAAACAACAAAAAAUAACAAAACUGGAUAAUUGAUCCUUACCAGAUUUCUUUGUAAGAAUAGGGUGUAUGUCCAUAGAAGAGUUGGGGCUUCAGAAAUAGGAACACAAAAGGAAACCUAAAGAGGCCGGUCAGCAGAAGGCACUUCUAUAAAGACACUUCUCCCAACAUUUUACUCUAAAUUGUCAUUGGCACAUUUUUUAAGGUUGUCAAACCAGAAAUAAUAAAUUGAUUAAACAUAGGGGUGUAUAAGUAGUCCUACUUUUGUUAGUCAUUUUAGAAUUCAAUUAUAUGGUGUGUGUGUUUUUUUUUUUCUUCCUUCAUUAAACAUUUUUCAAA